AUGGAGCGCACGAUCCGCCAUCCAACAAUCGUGGUGGAGACGGACCUGGACGAGUCCUUCGGCCGGCGUCGCUCGCGACGAACUUCUGGCCUGAGCAUAGACACGCCACACGAAGGCCCGUUCGAAAUUGGCAACCUGGAAGUGGCUCGGAAGCUCUUGGCUCAAAUCUGCCAAGACUUGCAUUUGGGCGCAAGCGUGCCCGACAUCCCAGAAGCUUCCCUCCCGACAUCGACGGAGAGUUUCGGUGUGGAGUCUCAAGCUUCAGGCAAGAAGGAGGGCUAUGCUGCCUUGGGUUCUGCUGAGCUCUUUGAGGUGCAGCGCAUUCUCGCUGCACGGGCACCCGGCGGCUACACGGAGCAACAGGCUAACCGCCUGGCUCAGCACGUCAAGACGAUGCAUUUUUUCAGACGGCUCGCGACCCCUGCUCUCCUCCAGCUGCUGAUGCACGCAGACUUUUUGGACGUGGAACUUGGCGAGAUGAUUUACAAGGACGGCGACAAAACAGGCCAUGUGUACGUGGUGCUCAAUGGCUCUGUAACCAUUGAGCGUGCACUAGAGGGUGCAGAUGGUGUCCGUGUCUUCGCCAGCAGCGUCUUUGACGGCCGUGCGUUUGGAGAUGGUUGGGAUGGGGGCCAAAACCGGUCCUCUACAGAUGUUCGCUGGACCACUGCCGUCGCCCAGGAGAGAUCUCUCUUGCUGCGCUUUGUCACGUCCUUCUACAUGGAGGUCUUACAGAAGGAUGACGUGUGCUCGGAGAAUGCCUCGCGCCUUCGGUCGCUGCCUUUCCUCUCCGAAUGCAGCGCAAGCGAGUUGGAGAUGUUGCUGAUGACGCUGGAGACUGGUUGGGCGAGCUAUGCCUUCACUGUGCUCCACCGCGGCGAGCGGCCAAACCACUGCCGCAUCUUAGUGGAAGGGCGUCUGAGCCUGCUCACGGCCGAGAAGCUGGAGGUCAAAGAGCUGGUCCCAGGAUCCUUCUUCGGCGUCGGGGCAAUCCUGUCCAGCCGUGGCAGCUGCAGCUAUACUUCGGAAGUGGAAGUGACGGUUACUUCAAUGGUGGCCCAUUUUUACUUGAUGUCGAGGAAGUCCCUUUCACCCCUGCCAGACGUGGUCCAGGAGAUCGUACUGCAGAGCGUGCGGCAGAUGGUUGCGGCCUGUCAGGAUCCAGUUCAAGACGACGGACGCCUGGUCACGCGUCGCGACCGUGAAUGGCGACGGCGGAAGCAAAGGAGCCUUGCAGAGGUGCGCCGCACUUGUGGCCGCAGUGCGGUGCGUGCUGCGGAGAUGCGACCUCGAUCUGCAGUGGCUGGCCAACAGUGGUUCCCACCUGGACCAUUGAGACCUUCUCCAGCGAGCCCAAACGCGGCGAGCCCAGCUCCCUCUCCAUCCGGAGCUUCUGUCGGUGGGCACACUGGAGGUCGUUCCGGGUUUCAGCGGUCGAAGUCUGCCCAAGGACGGCUCAGCACUUCGGGCUCUGUUCCGGCCACACCGUCAUCUCUGGCACGAACACCAGCCUCCAUGAUGCGAAGCAUCACUCCUUCGUCCUUUGUGCGCACAACAACGCCAUCAAUGCUGUCAAAGACCAUGUUUGCACCGGACGGCCGGCCGUUGGCCAUCUUUUGCCGAACGACGGAGGGAUUCGAGCUGCUGCCAAACCCCGCUCCGCUCAAUCCCGUCGACCGGCGACAUCGUCCAGAUCGGGUGCCCAUGACGCCGCUAGCAGCGAAGCGGACGUGA